CCUACCUCUCUCCUCUCAGUUAUUUCAUUGAAGCGCACUCAACGUUCUCCAUUGAAGCGUUCUCCGUUGAAUCUAAUUCUUGUAUCCCCAUUGAAGCAACUUCUAAGGGUUUUGGUAAUUUGAAUUGAUAGCACAAUGAGAAAGGGAUCGAAUUCCCGUGGUGGUCGUAGCGCUUUUAGGACUUUACAACAACGCUUGGGGGAUUGCAGCCGUUUUGAGAGUGAGGAGGAUGCUGUGAGAUAUUUACGUAAGACUUAUCCGGAGUACAGGAGGAAGAAAGACGUAAUACUCACCAAAAUUGUUAGGGAGGCCCGUUUCCCGCGGAAUGAUAGUAGUGGCGGUAGAGAUGUUCAAGUGCAACAAUCGACAUCGACUUCAGCAUUAUCAUCGGAGGAUUCUAGUCCGAAGUUUGACUUGAUGAGAACAAUGUUGAGGGAAGCCUAUUGUCAGGAUGGAUUUGAACCUGAUAAAACAGAAGAGAGUACGGAGGCCAAAAAUGAGAAAAAUAUAGAAUUAUUAGAAAAGGAUGAGAUGGAGAAUAUUGUGAUGCUUGAGAAGACUGGAGGAAUAGGAAGGAAAAAUAUGGAGUUAGAUGACGGUAGAGAUCAGGUGCACACGCAUCCCAUGUUUAAGGAUCUUGGUGGCAUGCGUGAAGUAUUGGAGGAUUUAAUAUCCGAUGUGCUUAUCCCACUUCGUUACCCUGAAGUCCUCAAUCGGCUGUGUCAAUUACGUGCAGGGCCACCAACAGGAAUUUUACUGCAUGGGCCUCCUGGGUGUGGCAAGACCAUGUUGGCUCAAGCUAUUGCUAAUGAAGCCGGCCUUCCUCUGUAUCAGAUUGCAUCGACUGAGAUUGUAUCUGGUGUAUCAGGUGAGUCAGAAGGAAACAUCCGUGAGCUUUUCUUAAAAGCUCGUAGGACUGCUCCUUCAAUAAUAUUCAUUGAUGAGAUUGAUGCCAUUGCGGAGAAAAGAGAGGGCUCGCAGAAAAGGCAAGAAGGGCGAAUUGUCACUCAGUUAUUGAAAUGCAUGGAUACUAUAUGUGAGAAUGCUUCUGUAGCUGGUCAAAAGAAAUCUGUGAGUGAGAGUAAAGUACAUUCAUCUCCAGCAGUUCCGGAGAUUUCAGUUUCUGAGAACAAACAAGGCCGUGUUCUUGUUAUUGGAGCAACCAACCGCCCAAAUGCUAUUGACCCUGCAUUAAGGCGACCUGGAAGAUUUAACUGGGAGAUUGAACUAGGAGUUCCAGAUGAAAAUGCAAGGUUUGAGAUACUUUCAGUCUUGACACGUGAUCUUGGUGUUCAAGAGGGUUUGAACCUUAGAAAGUUGGCUAGGGACACAGCAGGGUUUGUUGGGGCUGACCUGGAAGAUUAUGUUAGGAAAGCUUCUGUACAUGCUAUGAGGAAGAUGAUAAACUUUAAGAAGGAUGAAGGUAAGGAGUGUGCAGUUGGGCCCCAAGAUGACGGUUGGUGGAAGCAACUACGUUUUAUGCCUGGAGAAAUGGAAACACUCUGCCCCAAAAUGUCAGAUUUUGAGGUUGCACGUAAGAAUGUUCAACCAUCUUUAAAGAGGGAAGGUUUCUCUCCUGUUCCUAAUGUGAAGUGGGAAGAUGUUGGAGGCCUUGGCACGAUAAGGCAGGAGUUCCAGAGCUGUAUAGUUGAUCCUAUUAGAAAUCCUGAAGAUUAUGAGGGAUUUGGAGAAGCUUUGACAGCAGGAUUCUUGCUUUAUGGCCCCCCUGGCUGUGGUAAAACAUUGAUUGCCAAGGCUGUUGCUAAUGAGGCUGGUGCAAGUUUCAUUUACAUCAAGGGUCCUGAACUUAUGGACAAAUAUGUUGGUGAAAGUGAAUCGGCUAUUCGCAAGAUCUUUGAUCGUGCAAGGAAAUGUUCUCCAUGUAUUCUCUUCUUUGAUGAGGUGGAUGCUUUGAUUGCUAAUUGUGGAGAAUCUAGUGGGGUUACUGAUAGGAUACGUAAGCAGCUUCUUAUUGAGCUAGAUGGUGCAGAGGAAAGGCGGGGGGUUUAUGUCAUUGGUGCUACAAAUCGACCUGAGUUGAUAGAUCCUGCUUUACUGAGGUCUGGAAGAAUCGAGAACCUAGUAUACAUUCCUCUGCCUAGUCCACAGGAACGUGGCUUAAUAUUGAAAGCUCUUGCAAGAGAGAAACCUAUAGAUACCGAUGUGGAUUUACUUGCUAUUGCAGAGAGAACAGCUUGUGAUCAUUUUAGUGGCGCUGACCUUGAUCGCCUGAUGCGCCAUGCCAAUAGGUUUGCUAAUGAGGAGAGGCUAUUAUUGAAGCAAAGGGGUGCAGGUGACAUUCCUUGGAUAAUAAAUAAUAGUCAUUUUGAAAAAGCAUUGGUGGGAUUGGCUCCUUCUCUUAACAAAAAGCAAAGAGAUUUCUAUGAUAAUUUGGCACGCAAUUUUCGCCAACCUAACCAAUGUCGAGACAAAAGCACUGAACACGUGGAGAGGUGCAACGUGGUGAAUCUAACGAUGUAGACGAUGAAGUUGUUUUCGUGGACUCAUUAGUGUGAAUCACGCAAUCAAAGGGAAAACAACUCGUCCAAAUUCAAGUUGUCCUUGGAGAAUUUAUGUAUUUCUAGUAUUUGAAACUUGAGGGACUUUAUGUAAUGUUAUGAGUUUUCGUGGACUCAUUUGUAUUUUCGGUGGACUCAUUUGUAUUUUUGGUGUUUGGGAAUUGGGACUUUAUAGACAUUAUGUAGUUUUGUGAUUGAUAAUUUGGGAUUUUAUGUAAUUAUUAAAUUAUGCAA